UAGGGGCGGCUCUGCAGGGUCCUUGCGCCGCCUCCCGAGCGCCGCACUGAAGGGAGCGGAACGCGCUGAGGAUUGGGCGGCGAGGCCUGUGCAGGGCCCAGGCGAGGCGGGAGCGCGAACACAACCACCCCCCCACCUUCGACAAGCGCAAGGACUACAACUCCCGGCAUCCCCCACGGCUCCACCUUCUUCCCGCCAAUCAGUGGGCGCAGGAGGCGGGACUUCGCGGAGACCUAAAGGCCGGGUUCGUGGCCUAGGUUUCUCCGGCUCGGAAGUAGAUCUGCUCAUUUCCGGUGCUGAAACCGUCUGCAAAUUCAUCAUGAUUCUCCAACAGCUAUUCAGAUUUUCCUCCAUUUUCCGCUCUGCCAUCUCAGUACACUUGCGUAGGAACAUUGGCCUUUCUGCUAUAGCGUUUAAUAAGGCGAAGGAACUUGAUCCAGUUCAGAAGCUCUUUAUAGACAAGAUCAGAGAAUACAACAUGAAGAGCCAGAAAGCUGGUGGUCCAGCUGAUGUAGGCCCUGAAUACCAGAAAGACAUGGCUGAAGAAAUUGCCAAAAUUCAGCGGUUGUAUGGUGGGGGAGACCUGACCAAAUUUCCAGACUUCAAAUUUGAGGAGCCCAACUUUGAAGAGUCUCAAAAAUGAUGUGGUUGACGUCUGCAUUCCAAGCAUUGUCAUCUUUUUCAUGGAGUUGUUAAAUAGGCCAGCAGUUGUAAUUUAAUGUGGAGUUUCACUUUCAAAUACUUGUUUGACUUCUGAACUCAAUACAGUACAAGUACGACAUGAUCUGCCAUAUUCAUAAAAUAUGAAUAUUCACAAUAUGACAAUAUGAACUGCCAUUCAUAAAAUUCACUUUUGGAAAUCAAAUAUAAAGUGCAUAGUCCUUUAUCCAGUGUUUAAACACUGUUUACUGAGAUGACAUUUCAGUAUCCAGAUAAAACCAAAUGACCACUUAAGUGCAAAAUACAGUUAAAGUUAAUGAUACCUUUCCUAUUGAAAAGAACUGCGCUUCCCUAAAUUUUAAUCAUGUCACUGAAAUCUUAUAAUACGAUAAAGCCUGCAAGUAUGGCAUUAUUGUAUGCAUGUGAUCAUUCUAUGCUACAUUAUUGCAAUAGUAAAAUUUUAUUUAGACAUAUUCAGGAAUUCAAACAUUACAGCUCAUCCUCCAGUUGUGCAGAGCCCAUGAGCUGAAGUGGACUGACUUUUAUAUAAUCUUGGUGCACCAGAACAUUCUUGAAGAGGCUAUCUUGUUCUUUUAAAUGAAAAACUUGAGGUUUUGGGGGAGAGUUGAGUACUAAAGUUUCUAGUCUGUUCCUGAAGACCCCAUCAAAAUAUGAAACUUAUUCAAGUUCAGUCCUGUCUACCUGAAACACCAACAGAGGUUUGAGCUACAGCUGCUCAAAGUACAGGGAGAGAAAUGAUAACAGUGAGCUGACUUAUCUGAAUGGCAUUUGAUCCCAAGGAAACAAGAUAAACUGAGCAUUUUGCAAUCUCGGUAACAUUUCACUUCGGUACCUGGUGCAGAUCCAUUAUGCUUUUUUCCCCCAGUUCAGCCCUUGGUAGGAGUACAGGACUUAACACUACUGUGAUAUCAAAGGCAGUCAGUAAGGUCAAAGUGUAGAGUUUCAUCUUUACCUACUAUUUUACUCCACAAUGCAGAGUAUAUACCUAUCUUUUGCCUUCCCCUGUCACAGUAGUUUAAUGAUCCUUUUCCUAUUGCUUAUGUCAGGGAAACUUUUCAGGGCUAAGAUUAAGACUUUCUAUAAAGUUUCACUCACCCAUGAAACUGCAAAAUAUUCUCAUUUAUCAUACUGUUAGAUGUAUGCACUCUUAGCUAAGAUUAAAAAGUAGGAUUGUUCCUUUAAGUGAA